AUGUCAGACUUAACAUUAGAACAAUUAAAUGAAAAGGUUGAUUCCUUAACGAAGGUUGUCGAAAAGCAAUCAGCAUUAAUCAGUAAAACAGGCCAACAAUUGAUUGAAAUUCAAGUUAAAAAUGUCAAAAAUAAGAUGAGUCAAAUGGAUACCAAACAACCUGAUUUGAGUGAUUAUGUGUUAAAUGAAGAUAUCGUUCAGCUUGUAGGAGAAUUACAGAGUCAAUUAGAUUCUUUGGAGGAUAGAACGAUAGCCAGGAUCUUCAACUCCAAAUUAGGAGCUAAAGAGGGUAAAAUAGCCCCUCUUUCCAAUAAAGAUGGAGAAUUACCUACAUUUGACUUUUAUCCUCAAAACAUUGAUGAUUUCACUAAAUUGAAAGCUGAAGAAAUUCUCAGUUUAUGUGAAUUUUAUGAAUUAAUCGUCCCAAAUGAUGAAAGUUUACAACAGUUCCUUAAUGAUGAAAAGCUGCAAACUUUAGAAGAAGCCAGUAACCUCAUAGACAAUAAAACUAAACCCGAAGAUCUCUCGGAUGAUGAAAUUAAAGAUUUACACGAUGAGUUAGCCCGUUAUUUGGGUUUAGUAUAUAGAAAUAAUAAGGAUGCUUGGUAA